AAAGACAAAAGCCUCCCAAAAAAAUCUUAGACAAUCCCGCUAAAAGGACUCUAUGGCCAGUACCAGCGGAGUCCCCCGCUCCGAUCACCGCCGCGACGACGACGACGACUUCAUGGACAUUGAUACGCUCGACUACGACACCGAAAUCGCCUUCAACCUCCAACUCCAAGAAGCCCUAACCGCCUCCCUCGCCCCUCAACCACCCUCCUCCGCCGCCCGUAACGACGCCGCGUCGGUACUCGUCCGACUGGAGCAGGCUCUGAAAGACCGCGUGCAUAGCGAGAUCGAACUGCGGCGGGUGAGGGACGAUCUCGCGCGUGUGAUUCACGAUGCCAAGGUCGCGAGGGAGAUCGCGGACAUUCCCGACGACGAGUGGGAAAAGUCCGGCGGCGACUUUGCCAAGCCCUUCGACGGCGGCUCGUCGGCGGCGGAGGCGGCGGCGGCGAGUGUGGAGAGCGAGUUCAGGCUCUAUUUCAAGGGUUUGGUGAGCGAGGAACAGGUUGGGGAUCGGAAAUUGGUGCUGGCCGGGAUCGGAGUAGCGAUAUGCGACCCCAGGGAUAAUCUGGUGUUCGAGGUUAGGAAACCGCUGAUUGGGAAUGGGCUUAGUAGAAAUUCGGCCCAAUUGAAGGCCUUGAUCGAAGGGCUCACUGCUGCUCUGUCUUUGGGGCUGAAGCGAAUCUCCUUCUUCUGCGAUAAUUAUCCAAUCUUUCAGUUUGUUAAUGGGAAAUGGCCAGCAAAGCAGCGCAAGGUUGUAAAUCUUGUUAAUCAGGUUAAGAGCCUUCGAAGCAAGUUUACACAGUGUAAUUCCAGGCUUGUGCCUCGGUUGGAAAUUAAGUUUGCAUUUAAACUUGCAAGAGAUGCCAUAGAGUCUCAGUCUCUGUCUCAGAUGAAGCCUGCAGAAUCUACCACUCACAAGAAUGUGAAAGAGACUUGCGUGAUUUGUAUGGAAGAUAGUGAUGUUAGUCAGAUGUUUUCAGUUGAUGGCUGCCUACAUCGAUAUUGCUAUUCUUGUAUGAAACAGCAUGUGGAGGUGAAGUUGCUUCAUGGGAUCCUUCCUAAAUGCCCUCAUGAAGACUGUAAGUCUGACCUUAGUGUCGACAGUUGUGCGAAAUUCUUGACACCUAAACAUGUUGACACUAUGCGUCAACGUAUAAAGGAAGCUUCAAUUCCUGCAACUGAGAGAGUUUAUUGCCCAUAUCCAAGGUGCUCUCUCUUAAUGUCAAAAAGCGAGGUUUUACAACAUGCUAAGAAAACCUUGAUGGGGGCUGUGGAACAAUCAGGGCUUAGGAGAUGCAUGAAAUGUCACUACCUUUUUUGCAUCAAUUGUAAAGUCCCUUGGCACAGAAACAUCACAUGCGCUGACUACAAAAAGUCGAAUCCUAAUCCUCCAGAAGAGGACACAAAGCUAAAGUUCCUUGCCUCUAGUAAGCUUUGGCGCCAAUGUGUGAAGUGCAGCCAUAUGAUUGAACUUCUUGAAGGUUGCUACCACAUGACUUGCAGGUGUAAUUAUGAGUUCUGCUAUAAUUGUGGAGCUGAGUGGAAAGACAAGAAGGCAACAUGUACAUGCCCGCUGUGGAUUGAGGAUAAUAUUUUGCAUGAGGAUGAUGAUUUUGAUGGAGAGUCGGAUUCUGAAUCUGAAGUUGAAUUUGUAAGUGAGCAUGAUGGUUGCCAUUAUUGUGGAGCUGAGUGGAAAGACAGAAAGGCAACAUGUUCAUGCCCACUAUCAGAUGAGGAUAGCAGUUCGGAUGGCCAAGUUGAUAAAUAUUUUGAGGAGGAAGAAGAUGAUGAUGAAGAUGAGGACUACAAUGAUGAUGAAUAUCAAAGUGAAGAUGAGGAGGAAAAAGAAGUUGGAGGUCAUAAGUAUGAAAACAAUAGUGAAGAUGAAUAUGAAAGUGAAAGCGGUGUAAGUGAGGAAGAGGUUCAGGAGAGACAGGUUCAAGAGCAGUUUUUGGGGAAAGAUAUCGAGAAUCAUAUCUUGUCUGAUGAAGAUGAAUAUUAUGGGGUGGAGGAAUAUCAAAGUGAAGAUGAGGAGGAAAAAGAAGUUGGAGGUCAUAAGUAUGAAAACGAUAGUGAAGAUGAAUAUGAAAGUGAAAGCGGUAUUAGUGAGGAAGAGGUUCAGGAGAGACAGGUUCAAGAGCAGUUUUUGGGGAAAGAUAUCGAGAAUCAGAUCUUGUCUGAUGAAGGUGAAUAUUAUGGGGUGGAGGAAGAAGAAGAUGACAACAACGGCGAGGACUUCAAUAAUAGUGAGUGUCAAAGUGAGGAUGAGGAGGAAAAUGAAGUUGGGGGUGAUGAAUAUGAAAACGAAGGCAUUGUAGUUGAGGAUGAGGUGCAGGAGGGACAGAUUCAAGAGGAGGUUUUGGACAUGGAUAUGGGGGAUCAUAUCUCGUCCUAUGACGAUGAUAUAUAUUUUGAUGUAGAGUAUGAGGAAGAUGAAGAGGAGAACUAUUGUGACUUCGAUUGUUGUGACUCUGACUUGGAUUUUUAAUUCCAUACCCGAGCUAAUAAUUUUCCAGUAGGAAUGUAAAGUAGUAAGUUGUAAAACUGCUUGCCCGAUUUAAAACCUAAUAAUCAUUAAAUAUUGCGGUGAUGCUUUCUUGGUCAAA